AGAGAAUACUUGCAGAAAGUCCCCGAAUUCGCAGACCAGGCAGAGAUUUUAUGUUUCGAAGGUGGACGAAGGAGUGUGACUGACACUGAACCCUGUAUUUGGGGUUAUCGCCCAACCAAUGUUUUUAUUGGGCGCUCAGGAAAUGAAGAGGAAACUGAAAGAUUUAUAUCUGCAUUGUUGGAUACUCAAACCCGCUAUGCAGUUCCUCAAGUUCCAACUCCAGAGUGGUACCAUAAGACUUUCCUCUCUCAUCCUAAAGUGAGUGGGCUAAAACGAACUGAUGAAAAGAAGAACACAUAUAUAAGUUAUUUAGGUGAAUUCAUUCAUACUAUUCGGAAACCCCGUCCAGGAUGUGAAGGUGAAACUGAAAAUCAAGCUUCAUUUUGUUUGACAUCGGACGAAGAGGUUGCUAAAUGUGAAGAUUACGCCAAAGCAGUGAAAGCCAGAGGCUUAUGGCCAGAUGUCCAGUGUUUGAAAGCUGCUUCUAAAGUGGCAUGCAUGGAAAAUUUGAAAGAAGGCCAUUGCGAUUUGCUGGUUCUAGAUGGGGGUGAUGUUUACAAAGGAGGACGGUACUACGGACUCCAGCCUAUAGCUGCUGAGUUAUAUAACGGAUCAGAUGCUACUUACUAUGCAGUUGCUGUUCUGAGAUCGGAGUCUGAUGUCACGAAAUUGUCACAACUGAAAGAUCUUCGCUCUUGCCACACCGGUAUGGGCCGUACGGCAGGUUGGGUAAUGCCAGUGGGAUCUUUGAUUUCCAAGGGACUUUUGCCAUCGGAGGGUGGCUGCAAUCGUGCUGCAGCGGUAGCUGAUUUCUUUUCUGCUGGAAGUUGCGUACCUGGAGCUAACGACACAAAAUACAACCCUGGAAGAGUUCGAAGUGAAGAUCUUUGCCGACACUGUGUUGGUGAUGAAGAAGGACUUCACAAAUGUGCACGUGAUUCUCGAGAGCGUUACAGCGGCUAUGCUGGUGCCCUGAGAUGUCUUGCUGAAGGUCGAGGUGACGUGUCAUUUAUUAAACAUACAACAGUAUUGGACUAUACAGAUGGACACAGCGAUGCCCAAUGGACUCGUGAUCUGCUAUCCUCUGAUUUCAUGUUGCUUUGUGACCAUGGUGGUACUGCCCCCGUGCAGAACUAUUUGCAGUGCAAUUUGGGAAAAGUUCCAUCUCACCAUGUAGUGACUCAAGGCGGACUUUCGGAAACACGCCGUCUACAUCUAGCUCGUUUGCUUGCAGAUUCCUCUCGAUACUUUACAGAGGAUUCUACUUUGUAUAGACUUUUUAACCGAGGCCAGCUACCAGAUCUUCUUUUCAAAGACUCGGCAACCGGUCUGAAAAUCACGCCCUUGAGCGAUUCGUAUGAACAAGUACUAGGGCGUCAAUUCUUGGAAGCUUCUAGAGCUGCUGAUCCCAAAGAAUGUGCAUAAUUAAAAAAGUUCAUUAAAAAAGUACAUUGUAAUUUUAUACUUUUUACUAGACUUGUUAUAAAAAUGUUUUUACAUAUUUUUA